GCUAUCACUCGUGCAUUCUUGGCCUACAGACGCAUUAAGUACUUGCAAAUGCAUCGCGCUGCGAUUUGUAUUCAAACCGCGUAUCGACGGUACAUUGCUCAUAAACGAUAUGUGAUGCUACGGCGAACAAUUCUGAUGAUUCAGACGCACUAUCGUGGCGCAGUGAUACGGAAAAAGGUUGAAAAGUUGCGUUAUGAACAGAAGGCGAUUGUUAUUCAAAAAUACUUCCGUGGUUGGAUGGUGCGACGAGAGCAAAUUGAACGAAAUCGUAAGAUUAUCAAGGUACAGUGCUUGGUGAGACGUUGGUUGGCGAAACGACGAUUGAAGGAGCUGAAGAUUGAAGCACGUUCGGUUGGUCAUUUGCAAAAACUCAACAAGGGCCUCGAGAACAAGAUCAUUUCAUUGCAGCAAAGACUCGAUGUCGUGGUACUUAAUGAACACCUGUUCGUCCUUAGUUGUAUUGAUGACAUAUCCUAUUAUCUCAAUCCAGCCAAGAUAACUCAUUUGUUUGGUGUUCAUGCAGACAUGGCCAGUGGCUUAGUGAUCUAUGGAUAG